AUGUCACUGACAAGUAGAUAUCGUUUUGAUGGCGAUUUUGAUGAUGAUAAUGACGAUUAUGAUUAUUAUGAUGAUAUAUAUUAUAAUCCCCUAUACAAUGAAAGAAACAGCAUAGAAGAAGAAAUUGGUGAUUAUUUUGAUUCCCUAGACAGAGAAAGACAAGUACCAUCAGAAGUUGAUCGUUCAAGGAACAGUCCACCUCGACCUCCACCUACAGAUUGGGUGGUGGUGGAUGAAUUGGCUCCUGUUAAAAUAAUUAAUGGGUCUGAUCAUCUCAAUUUUGAUAUAACCACGUGCUUAGUUUGCUUGGAAGAUAUGGAAGCAGGGGAGGAAAUACGUGAGAUGCCCCUUUGUCACCACUUAUUUCACUCUCGUUGCCUCUGCCGGUGGUUGUUAGAGAGGCGUGCUAAUUGUCCCCUCUGCACUCGGAGGUUACAAGAAGAUCAAGGAGAGCAGAAACAAGAACCAGACCCACCAGGACAUUUCGAACUACCUUCUUUGAUUCUUGAAGAAGACAUCACUUUGCCAACCAUGGAGGAAGAGGAUGAUCAGGAGCCUCAGGAGGAGGAGGAAGAAGCUUCUCUCUUUAAAGCACACUUAAGAUUCAGAACAGCUUAA